AUGAAAAGUUUAAUAUUUUUAAAAACUUUUUUAAAUAUUAUUCAUAUAAAGGGUACACCGGAAUAUUUGUAUGUAUUAAAAGAACAAUUUACUGAUUCUGAAAUUAAGAUAAGUGAGUUAUACAAACUAAACAAAGAAUUUGUGUCAUUAUAUGAUUUUAAAUUUAAAAGCUUACAUGUAUGUAGAAAUUUAAAUUGCUCAAACAAAACAAAUUCAAAUAUUGAAUCAUUCAUAAACAAAAAUCAAAUCAAUUUUGAUAACUACAUAAACGAGAAGACAAUAUUGGAAGAUUUUUAUCUAAAGAAAAUUGAAUGCAUAACUGAUUAUUACUUUCCAAUUUUUAACGAGAAAUCAUAUCUGGUAUUUAUGUUUAAAACAUACAAAGUAUCAAAAUAUUUCAUGAUUCUUUAUAAAUAUUAUCUAAAGUUAUUUAAUAUCAUUAAUCUUUACUUACAAGCAACUAGAAUGUCAAAUAAUAAUCAGCAUCAUAUUAUGAAAAUCAAACAUGAGGUAGCAAGAAAAUUAAUGAGUUUAAAAGUUAACUAUGUGAUUUCAGUAGAAUUUUAUGAAAGUUUAAAACCCGCUAAUAAGUACUGUUUUAUGUAA